AUGCGCUCUAGCAGGUUUAAGCUGAAGAAGUUCGCGGAAGGCCAUGCAGACGACGUGAUGAUGAAGAUGCACACGUUGGUGCACGGCUUUCGGAGGCGGAAGAAGCCCUUCGACUUGGAUCGUGCAGUCAAGAAGCUUGCUGGCAAGCUACAACAAGAUAUUACCCAGUACAGGCGAUGUCAAGAACUGGGACUGUCGGACCGAUCAAAAAAGCGAUGGGCAGUGUUUAAAGAAGUCGCAGGGACACUGGGCAAGUGGAUUGGGCGCACCACUGUGGCAGAGAAACCUCCCAAGUGGUUGAUGAAGAUGUAUAAUAUAUAG